GCGGGCGUGCGGCUGCGGGGCUGGGUGCGGACCCGGGCUUGCUGCUGGAAGUGCCCCGUCCACCACCCUGCCUGGGUUUUGCCUCCUCAAGGCAGCGCGACGACGGGGACUUGGAAUGCGCUUGGGGGGCUGGUUGAAACCGUGCCAGUGACUUCCCGCGUCAGGGAAGUCGUUUAAAUGUUUACCGGGACACCUUGCACGACCGUUAGACCAUCCAGAUGAAGACAUGCUCGGGCCUGGAGAGAGUUCAGCUUGCAAUUAACGUAAAAUGACAACCUCCUGGAGUGAUCGGUUACAGAAUGCAGCAGAUAUGCCUGCUAACAUGGAUAAACACGCCCUGAAAAAGUAUCGUCGAGAAGCCUACCAUCGGGUAUUUGUGAACCGAAGUUUAGCCAUGGAAAAAAUUAAGUGUUUUGGUUUUGAUAUGGAUUACACACUUGCUGUGUACAAGUCUCCGGAGUACGAGUCCCUCGGCUUCGAGCUCACCGUGGAGAGGCUGGUUUCUAUCGGCUACCCCCAGGAGCUGCUCAGCUUCGCUUACGAUUCCACGUUCCCCACCCGGGGACUUGUCUUUGACACACUAUAUGGAAAUCUUUUGAAAGUUGAUGCCUAUGGAAACCUUUUGGUGUGUGCACAUGGAUUUAACUUCAUAAGGGGACCGGAAACUAGAGAGCAAUAUCCAAAUAAAUUUAUCCAACGAGAUGAUACUGAAAGAUUUUACAUUCUGAAUACACUGUUCAACCUACCAGAGACCUACCUGUUGGCCUGCCUAGUAGAUUUUUUUACUAAUUGUCCCAGAUACACCAGCUGUGAGACAGGAUUCAAAGACGGGGACCUCUUCAUGUCUUACCGAAGCAUGUUCCAGGACGUGAGAGACGCCGUUGACUGGGUGCAUUACAAGGGCUCUCUUAAGGAAAAGACGGUUGAAAAUCUUGAGAAGUAUGUAGUCAAAGAUGGAAAGCUGCCUUUGCUUCUGAGCCGCAUGAAGGAAGUCGGGAAGGUAUUUCUUGCCACCAACAGUGAUUAUAAGUAUACAGAUAAAAUUAUGACUUACCUGUUUGAUUUUCCACACGGCCCCAAGCCCGGGAGCUCCCAUCGGCCGUGGCAGUCCUACUUUGACCUGAUCCUGGUGGAUGCACGGAAACCACUCUUUUUCGGAGAGGGCACGGUGCUGCGGCAGGUGGACACUAAAACUGGCAAGUUGAAAAUUGGUACCUAUACAGGCCCCUUACAGCACGGCAUCGUCUACUCGGGAGGUUCCUCUGAUACCAUCUGUGAUCUGUUGGGAGCCAAGGGCAAGGACAUUUUGUACAUUGGAGACCACAUUUUCGGGGACAUUUUAAAAUCAAAGAAACGGCAAGGCUGGCGAACUUUCCUGGUGAUUCCUGAACUUGCACAGGAGCUGCACGUCUGGACUGACAAGAGCUCGCUUUUUGAAGAACUUCAGAGCUUGGACAUCUUCUUGGCUGAACUCUACAAGCACCUCGACAGCAGCAGCAACGAGCGCCCAGACAUCAGCUCCAUUCAGAGACGCAUCAAGAAAGUGACGCACGACAUGGACAUGUGCUACGGCAUGAUGGGGAGCCUGUUCCGCAGUGGCUCCCGGCAGACGCUCUUCGCCAGCCAGGUGAUGCGCUACGCCGACCUGUACGCGGCGUCCUUCAUCAAUCUGCUCUACUACCCGUUCAGCUACCUCUUCCGGGCCGCGCACGUCUUGAUGCCGCAUGAGUCAACAGUGGAGCACACGCACGUGGACAUCAACGAGAUGGAGUCGCCGCUGGCCACCCGCAACCGCACGUCGGUGGAUUUCAAGGACACCGACUACAAGAGGCACCAGUUGACACGGUCGAUCAGCGAGAUCAAACCUCCCAACCUCUUCCCACUGGCCCCCCAGGAAAUCACUCACUGCCACGAUGAAGAUGACGAUGAAGAGGAGGAAGAGGAAGAAGAGUAAAAGCCGAAAACCACCCCUGAGCACCCAUUAAAUAAGUUCUGGCAGGACUCGGGAGCAAAGGACGCCCCACUGGGGUUCUCGCCGGGGGCUGGUGCUCUGUCUAAGGGACAUCUGGACAUUUCCUGAGGACUCCGGCUGCUCUCGGCACUCGGAGAUCCUUGUUUUAGUUCUGGCGCUGCACUCUGCAGACAGAAGAUGAGGGUGCAGCCAGGCCGGGAGCCGCACCGGCCUGUCACUCUUUCGUUUCCUCAUCGGUAGCUGACGGUGGAUCGGGACACGCUGAGGGCGACGGUGGCAGAGGGGAUCCCAGUGCUGUUACCUUAGAAACCGCUCUCCGCCGCGCCCCGAAUUCUCGUGUCUCUCGGUGGAGAAGUGUAAUGCUCCCGUGAGCGGACACGGUCUUCGUUUAAGGUCACGGUCCCCUCCACACGUCUCUGGCCUCGUGACUGGUCACAACGGCUCUGCAGAAGUGUCUCCUCUUCACUUUGGGACUGGUCUGGAAUUGUCGGCAGUAGCUUCACCUGGAGACGUCUUCACUUCUACAUUUCUCUUAGUAGCAAAAAUGCUUGUUAUACCAAAAACAAAAAAACAAAACAAAAGAGUCUGUCUUCUUAGCUGAGUCUCUAGAAGGAAUUUCACUGCAAGGACAAAGGUGCAGCCCCGCCCCCGUCCGGCGCAGGCUGUGCUGUGCUUCCCGCUUCACCUCCUCCGGCCUCCCCAGGGCGCGUCACUGUUUCCAAACUUGAAUAUCAGAGAAAGGAAGCGCCAGAAGCCAAAACUUGCCUAAAGUCGAGGGCACAAUCAGUGUGAAUAAAUUCACUUCAGACUCCCGAGUGAAAUCGCUUCUUGUUUGAACAAGAAUGUAUCAUUACUAUAUAUACUUGCGGGUAUAUUAUAAUUGCCUCACCAGUUCCGUGAAAGUUGUUAAAACAUUUUUAACGGUGGCGUACACAUUUAACAUCCUAGAUUUCUUCUGUUCUUCCUGUCGUUCGUCAACAUGAGAGGGUAGAUUAGUUGCUCAAUAAAGUAUAACAUUUCUAAUA